AUGGAGCUGCGGCCGCCAAAUGGAGGAGGAGCUCGACCCGAAGAUCAGACGAGAGUCGACUCGAGAAGACCGUCUCUGGAAGAGCUGGAACGACGACGUCAUGAAGAGUUGCUCCGAAGAGAGCAAGAGCAAAUUGUUGAGCGAGCACGUGCUCAAGCUGAAGCUCGAGCUCGAGCUGUGCUCAAACAAAACGUGACCAGGCCAAGAGCAUGGAUAAAGGCUGCGUUCGGUGAUGCAAAACCGACAGACGAUCGACCGCCACCUCCGGUGCUUCCGUUUCGUCCGUAUCGUCCAUUCGAUCUGAAUAGCUUGUUGGUGACUACUGCACAG